CAUCAUCAUCAUCAUCAUCAUCAUCAUCAUCGCCACUCCUCCAGUAGGAAGGGCGCAUCCCGGAUAGAUAGCUAGCUGGCUAGCUGUACUCACAACGAUGGCAGUCAACCUCAGCAAAAAUGGCCCUGCAUUAUCAUCUGCUUUUGGAGAAGUGGUAGACGAGAAAUCAAGUACCAACUGGGCCUUGUUCACCUACGAGGGAAACAGUAAUGAUAUCCGCCUGGCAGAAAAGGGGGAUGGAGGACUGGAGGAGCUGGUUGAGGAAUUGAACAGUGGAAAAGUGAUGUACGCUUUCUGCCGGGUCCAGGAUCCAAAUUCUGGCCUGCCUAAAUAUGUCCUCAUCAACUGGACUGGAGAAGGAGUGAAGGACUCCAGGAAAGGAAUGUGUGCAAAUCAUGUCAGCGCCAUGGCCAAUUUUCUAAGGGGUGCCCAUGUCACAAUAAACGCCAGAGGAGAUGAGGACGUGGAGCCCGAGGUGAUCAUGGAGAAGGUGGCCAAAGCCUCGGGAGCCAACUACAGCUUCCACAAAGAAACUUCCAGCCGCUUCCAGGACAGCGGUCCUCAGGGCCCUGUGGGCUCGGUGUACCAGAAGACCAACGCUAUGUCCGAAAUCAAAAAGACCAACAAAGACAACUUCUGGGCUCAGGCAGAGAAAGACGAGGAGAAACGCCGGAAGGAGGAGAGGAGCAGGGCAGACGGGGAGCGCCAGCACCUGGAGAAAGAGAGGAAAGACAGAGAGGCCAAGGAGACGGUGGUGAGGGACAAAAGGGACAAGGAGAAGUCCACUGAAAUCGACCAACAGAAGAAGUACCAGCAGCAGCAGGAAGCUGAGAGUAAAGAGCAGGAGAAACUACGCUGGGAGGAGGAGGAGGCCCAGGCAGCCCAGAAGAAAGCUGUCAAGAGAGGUGAAUCUGUGGAAAAGGCCAACGAGGCGGCUUCUCUCAUCUCUCAGCGUGCUUUGAACCCCAGAGAGAUGUUCAAGCAGAGAGAGAGGGGAAUGACUCCCAGUGACUCGGACGUCCCCUCUGCUGCCCCUGCCAGCCCCCGGCCAGGUAUUAGCCCCCAGCCAGGGCGUCUGCAAAGCCCUUUUCUGUCUAAGCCAGUGUAUGAAAGUGAGCGAGCCAGCUCACCUCUGCGCCAAGCUUCUCCUGUGCCAGCAGGCUCCGCCUCUCCUGUCCGCGCUACAGAGCCUGAUGUGGAUGAUGGACAGUCCAGGUGUGAGUAUGAGGAGCAGGAGGUGACCCCCCAGGAGCAGCAUGAAGAGGAGGCACCGGCUGCAAACUCCUACGUCGAAGAGAAGGCUUAUGAAGAGCCCGCUCAGCCCCAGGUGGAGGAGAGUAACUCCUAUGAGGUGAUUGCUGAGGUGCCUGUUGAGGUGCCUGUUGAGGUGCCUGCUGAGGUGCCUGCUGUGGUGACUGCUGAGGAGACACCAGACAGAGGCACCUGUGCCAGGGCCUUGUAUGACUACCAGGCUGCUGACGACACAGAGAUCUCAUUCGAUCCCGACGAGAUCAUCACCGGCAUCGAGAUGAUAGACGAGGGCUGGUGGCGAGGCUACAGCCUAGACGGCCACUUUGGAAUGUUCCCAGCCAAUUACGUGGAGCUUAUGUAGCCCCCUCGCCCCCAGAUUAUCACACUGGCAGCCCCAGAGGACACCUGCAGUAAAACAACACACAGCAAAGUCAGUCCUCACACACACACACAGGUGAGCUGGUCCGGCUGAAACGUAGCAAACGAUCCUCCACAUCACGGACCGAUGGACGGAUGGUAAUCGUGGGCCAGAAGCUUUUGAAAUCUCUCCUCUUUUCAAGAAAACAAUUCCUUUUAAAUUGUUGAUGUUGUGAGCAACUGAUGGCAUAGUUUAGGGAUUUGUGAAGACCCAUAGUCGGACCAAUACUCCCCCCCACCCCCAAAAAACCCCAUCUCUUUUCCUCUAAAUGUGAUGCAGUACGAUAUCAGCCUUCGUUCAGUCUUAAAUUCAGUUGUGAGCAUUUAUAGCACUUCUAGUUCACAUUCCUUACAAAGUGACUUCAUUUCUUUUUCAGGUAUAAUUUCGUUGUUACUUGUAGCAAAAUGCUCCUGUACAUUUCAGGGAAAAACAAAAAGAAAAAAAAAAUCAAAGAUGGCGGUACCAGCUACAGUAUAACCUUUUGCCUUGUUUUCGCCUUUCUUUACCGGCAGACUGAACUCUCCGUUCUUCUUUUUAUGUGAUUGAUCCUGUGUGCAUUUGAAACCAUGUUUUAGUACUGAUCUCACUGUGGUUGAAGUGAAUAUUUAAAACAAAUCAGAUGACGUUUGCUGUGCUCUGGGUGGACUUUAGCGGGGAAUGCAUAACACGGUUCAGUUCCCUUUAACUGUGAGUAUAUAACGGUUGUUUUUCAUGUCAAAUCCUUCGUCAUCAUCUGAAUCACAUUAUUUCACCAUAUUUCACAGGAACAAGCUAGUCUGCAUUAUUUUUCUUUGUUUGGAUCUCGCUGGUCUGAGGUUAAGCUUGAGUGCAUAACAGAUCUCUAACAUGUGCUGUUAUGGUGCCAUAAUGACGGGAAGUGAAAUGCAGUGACAUUUUAAUCAAGAAUUUGCAAGUUUUUAUCAUGGAACAAAAUUGUUUGCUCUUUUUAAGCUUUGAGGUCAGUCGAUAAAAGGAAAAAAUAAUUAAUAAUGAACAGAAAAAGGGCAUCAUGUAUCCAUUGCGUUAUUCAUGUUUAUUUUUUCCAGAGUCUAUUGUAAUGCACAGACAUUCUUCAUAAUAAAAUAAAUAAACCAA